AUGAGACCAACUUGCAAGCCAUCUCACAACGACCAUGCCGACUUGAGCCCUUUGCUCGGUCCUGGCGACGACCGUACAAAGUUUUCGAGCGCCGUGACCACGGAAUCCCAGAGCAUGGCGAGUGCGGAAGUAGUCUCGGGCACUUCAUCUGAGUCGAUGGAUCCGAGCAUCAGCUCUGGUACCGCCGUCGCAGAGUCCGAGGCCUGGUCUCCAACCGAUGCCUCGCAAAGAGUCUCAGUUGGCCCAGAUCCCAUUGGCGGAGGCACCCUCAAAAAUAAUGCGACAACGGCGACGCCUCACGAUCGCAGUUCACUUGCCUCCAUGUUCGAAGAUUUUCUGGAGAAACAGGGUCAUACGCAAGAAGGAGUCGUGCCAAAGCUCGGUGUGAUUUUCUUCAGCGAGAGCUCGCCCUUGACAUUUGCUCUCGAAGAGCUUCAGCGAUCCGAGCAAGCCAGUCUCUAUGACCCGGCAUCCCAUUUGACCAAAGAUGAGAUGCUGCAGCCAAAUACCCACCCAUCACAUAUGUCGAUACAAGACAUUAGUUAUCUGAAGUCCAAGGCUGCUUUCGACAAGCCCAGCAACGAAAUAUCCGAUGCCCUGGUCGCCGCAUUCCUGGACAGAUUUUACCCGCUCUAUUCGAUUGUGGACAGAGAGAGCUUUGUGCAGUUACACGAGCAGCAGAAGUUGCCCUGGAUUCUGCUACAUGCGGUAUCUUUCAUUGGCGCCACAUUUUGCGACAUGAGCACUGUCCACAAGGCAGGCUUCAAAAGCCGGUGGCACAUGAGACGCUCGUACUACGACAAGGCCAAAAUUCUCUUCGAUGUCGGUUACGAAACGAACAAAGUGACCCUGCUCCAGACCGUGCUGAUGCUUUCAUUCUGGGGUCCCCAGAUGAAGAGCUACUGGAAUCCCUGCUCCUGGAUCGGGUUCGGCGUGACCAUCGGCGAAUCGCUGGGCAUCAACCGAUGUCACCCAUCAACACGAGCAGACUCCAAAGCAAAAGGCUUGCUACGGAGGCUUUGGUGGACCCUCGCCGUACGAGACACCUAUUGUGCCGCUCUCUUGGGGCGUCCUUUUCGGAUCAAUAUAGCACAGUGCGAUACGGACAUGCUGGGAUUGGCUGAUUUCAACCAUGAUCCCAACCCUGCCGCAUCAGGCUCCAAUCAUGACCGCCUCACUCACUGCCUCUAUCAAAUUCAAAUCGCCAAACUGUCGCUGAUCCUUCGGAAGAUUGUAGAGCUACGUUUCGGUCCAAGCAGCAACUCAACCACGAUUGAAGACCUUCACAGCAUGUCAAACCAGUGGCAGGCCCAGUUACCGCCAGAGUUAGACUGGACCCGACAUAGCAGCCUAACCAGUGUGUUCGCCGCCAGUCUACGAAUCGUCUUCAACCACCACCUUAUCUUCAUCCACAUGGGAAAGCCCAACACGGCAACCGACCUGAGCACCGGCCUAGAUCUCAACAGCACCUCUUUCAAGAUUGCCGAAUCCGCAGCUCAAAUGAUAUCAACCACCGCCUUGACCUUGAUGACAAACUCCAUGGUCGGCCUUAUGCCGCAUGAGAUCUUCCCGGGUUUCUUCAUCGCCGGAAUCGUUUUCUACAGGAGGUUCCGGGAGUCGCACAAUGAAUUCACUCAACUCUAUCGUGCCGCCCUGGACACAUGUCAGAUGGUGAUGAACGAAGCCCGGGAGAGGUGGGAUCCUGCCCUAUGGGCAAUCAAGAUAUUCGAUUUCCUCUUGUCCGGGACCACCAACGCCAAAACCGCACCUUCGGUAACCCUGGAAGGAGAGAACACGCCGCCAGUUCAGCAAGUCCCUGCCUCGGAAGAUCAAGAAAUGGCACUAGAGAAUACAAUGGAUAUGAUGCUCCCCGACAACAGCGCCUUACACUCGAUUGACUUUGAGUCGCCCGAGUAUGACUACGCGAACAGGACCUUUAAUGAUUUUCUUCUUAUGCCAAGUUACUUUGGGGCCACACCAGAUACCUGGUAA